AUGGCUCAAUUCUUCACAUAUAUCUCACAUCAUAUCACCAAUAGCAAUUCUACUUAUCAUUCUCCAUAGACACCAACACCACCCAUACACAACUAUCUUCAAUAUUGUUGAAUGAUGGCAUCACACACUACCCUUGAAGAAAAAUUUGAUGAGCUACAAAAAGCAGAGGAAACACCCCAAAUUUCAGCACCAAAGAUACAAAAAGUGCCAGAGUAUCUCAGAAACAGAACAGAAUUUAAGAAGUAUUAUUUACCCAGGUUGAUGUCAAUAGGUCCUAUCCAUCAUGGCAAUGCAAAUCUCAAGUUAGGAGAGAAGUACAAGCUUAUGUGGGCAGCACAAUACAUCAAAAAAUAUACCAGCAAAAUUGCACUGGAUCUACACAAAAAAAUUUUAGAUAAAAUUGAUGAAUUGAAGGGUCUUUUUGCCGAGGAUGUUUUAACUGCUACCGGAGAGUCUCUAAAAGGCUUCCGUAGCCUUGACGAAAAGUUGUCAUGGAUUUUGUUCAUAGAUGGAUGUUCUCUGCUGUAUUUCUUGGCGGCAAUGAAUGCCGACGAUAAUCCAGAGGAAAUUUUGAAUAUUAUGCAUGCUCAACUAUUUCCUGUGAUGAUGGAUGUACUUUUGUUGGAGAAUCAACUUCCUUAUCUUGUACUGAAGCUGUUGUGGGAAAAAGAUGAUCAGCAUGAAUUGAUACAUAUCAUGAAUAAUUUCCUCGAAUAUACUCAUUGGACACCAGAAAAUGAGACUAAAUCUGAUAAUUCGGUCACACCAGAUAAUAACAUGACUUUGAGUUCAGUCAGGUCACGCAUUCAAACUUGUUUUUCGGUUCUGAACAAAAAGAAAGAAGAAGAAGAACAACAACAACAACAUAGUGUAUCAAUACCGAAUGAGUCUGAGUUACCAACUCAUCUUCUUGAUCUUCAGCGUAAAAUCAUCCUCUCCAAAUCUUCUUCCAAGCCGGGUUAAUGCUUGGGAUCACGGGUCUGGAACCGGGUCGGAGUGACCUGGCGGGAGAUUGAAGAUGAUGUUAAGUAUUUCUAUCAAUCCUAAUUGUAUAUAUACAACAUACCGCAAACU